CAUCACAUUCUGUCAGACCUCUAUCAGACGAAGAAGAGGAAGUCCCGUGUGAUCCUGCGCAUGCUGCCGGUCAGCGGCACGUGUAAAGCGUUUCCCGAGGACAUGGAGAAGUUUCUGAGUGUGUUUCUGGAGCGCUGGUUCAGAGCGCCGCUGCGUGCCACCUACCAGAUCUGCUUCAAAGCCCGAAACAGCAGCCACAGCAAGAGAGAGGAGGUCAUCAAAGCCGUGGCUGGUCUGGUGGGGAAGCUGAAUCCGCUGAAUAAGGUGGAUCUGACCAACCCUGAGCUCUCCAUCAUCAUCGAGAUCAUCAAGACAGUCUGCUGCGUCAGCGUCCUCAAGGACUACACGCUCUACCGCAAGUACAACCUGCAGGAAGUGGCCAAGGAGCCAGCCAAUCAGAGCACAGGCCCGCAGGAAGCAGCCAAUCAGACGCAGGAACACGGGGAUGGAGAGAAAGCGGAUGGGAGUGCAGAGAGCCAUGAUACCUCCGCCGGCAAUGGGACGAAGGAGGCGGAGCUUGAGUGAAUGUUUGUCACGUGACUGUGGCUGUUUUUAAAAUCAUUUUUACACAGUUUGUGUGUUUUGUUUUUUAAGCAGUGAAUUUGACUGUCUUCUGUUUUUACUUCUGUUUGUUGGGUGACAUUAACAGUUUCUGUUCGUUGUACGGGACUCUUGUCAUUUUGGAGACAUUUUCCUCUGAAAAUAAGACAGAGGUGUGGAAAUCAAAUAAAACAACUGAAAUC